UUUUUUAAAAAAAAUUCUAUCACAUCACAUGGCAGCGUGCGAGAGAUAUAAUAAAAACAGAAAAAUGGCGACAGUCACGUUGUGGCGAGUCUAUUGCUGCGUCAUUAGAUAAUCUUCAUGCAAAGAUCGCUAAGAACAAAGAAAAAAAAGAGGGGGUAGAAGACGCGGCUGGAAAGAAUCCUGGCACCGCUCCCUUCCAGUCAAGUGAUUGUAAAUAUAGCCUGGAUGUUGUUUACAUGAAACAUCUAGAGGGAGGAGCCGACGGAGGAGGAGGAGGAAGAGGAAGACGGAGGAGUCUCCAGGCUGGCUGGGUGUUGCUUGGUUAUCUGCUGGUAUCACAUAACCAGAUGGGAACAAGAACACUGGUAAAAGUUUUAGGACGUAGCCAAUGGAAAACAUGACAAUGGACUCCACUGCUGGACAGCCAGGACUGAAUGAAUUUUGGAUUUUUUGACGAGACCAUUCUGCUGGCUUGGAGGAUUGGACAUUCAUAUAAAUGCCGUAUAUAAAUGUAAAAGAAGACUGCAAAGCUAUGGCUUUCUGUGCAAAAAUGAGAAGCUCCAAGAGAAAUACAGAACUGAAUACAGAUGCUCAAGAGCAAGGACUGGAAGUAGCAUUCUAUUUACAGGAGAAGCUUUCUCUUCGGUUUACAUAUGGCAGGUACACAGCAGAGGACCUUUGCAUUGAAGCUGCCCGAAAAUGCUCUAUAUCUCCACUGUGCCAUAAUCUAUUUGCACUCUUUGAUGAAAAAAGAAAUUUGUGGUAUGCACCAAAUCACAUCUUCCAAAUAGAGGACAAAACGGUACUCCGUGUUCAUUAUCGUAUGAGGUAUUACUUUACUAAUUGGCAUGGGACAAAUGAAAACGAACCCUCUGUUUGGAGACAUUCUCCAAAGAAAUCAAAGAACCCAUAUGAGAAGAAACAGGUGCAAGAAGGCACACCUCUCCUUGAUGCAAAUUCACUAGAAUAUAUUUUUGCACAGGGGCAAAAUGAUUUGGUGAGAUGUUUUGCACCUGUUCGAGACCCUAAAAACGAUCAGGAGGUUCAUGAAAUUGAGAAUGAAUGCUUGGGCAUGGCUGUCCUUGCUAUCUCUCACGAUGCAAUAAAAAAGAACCUGAAGCUGUCAGAACUUCUCAAAGAUGUAAGCUACAGACGAUAUAUUCCUGAAACUUUAAACAAGACCAUUAGACAAAGGAACUUCUUAACCCGGUUACGGAUAAACAAUGUUUUCAAAGAUUUCCUGAAGGAAUUUAACAACAAGACCAUUUGUGACAGCAGUGUUUCACCACAUGAUCUGAAAGUGAAAUACUUGUCAACAAUGGAAACAUUAACAAAGAAUUAUGGAGCAGAAGUAUUUGAGACCUCUUCAUUGCUGAUUUCAUCAGAGAAUGAGAAAAGCUUUAACUUGAAUGACUCUGACACACUUCCACAGUAUGAAGUUAUGGUAACAAGCAAUCAUGGAAUCCAGUGGAGGCUCAAACCUCAUGUUGUCCAAAAUGAGAAAGAAAAACCCAAAAUCAAGAGAAAAAAGUCAGCCAGCAAAGUCAAGAAAAAUGAAGAAAAAAAUAGGAAAGAGGUGUGGAACAAUUUUUCCUACUUUCUUGAAAUCACUCACAUUGUGAUCAAGGACUGCGCAGUCUGUACUUACCGGCAAGACAACAACAGGAUGGAACUUGUACUCUCUUCCCAUGAAGAAGCUCUGUCAUUUGCUGCUUUGAUAGAUGGAUACUUUAGACUUACUGCAGAUGCCCAUCACUAUCUCUGCACAGAUGUUGCUCCACCUUUGAUAAAGCACAACAUUAAAAAUGGAUGCCAUGGACCCAUUUGCACAGAGUAUGCUAUGAACAAGCUAAAGCAGGAAGGCAAUGAGGAAGGGAUGUAUGUCCUAAGGUGGAGCUGUACAGACUUCAACAAUAUUCUCUUAACGGUGACAUGUAUUGAAUACUCACAGCAAAUCUUAAAUCCUCCCAAGCAGUACAAAAACUUUCAGAUUGAAAUGAAGAAAGAUGGAUGUGUCUUGCAUGGGUCUGAUAAGCUCUUUCCAACUCUGACAGAGCUAAUGGAUCACUUGAGAGGACAGAUUCUUAGGACAGACAAUAUAGUUUUCACUCUCAAGAGAUGCUGUCAGCCAAAACCAAGAGAAAUCUCCAAUUUAUUAGUGGCUACAAAGAGAUCCCAAGAAUGGCAGCCAGUGUGUCCACCUGGUCAGCUAAGUUUCCAUAGAAUCCUCAAAGAUGAAAUAAUCCAAGGUGAACACCUUGGUAGAGGAACAAGGACACAGAUCUACUCAGGCAUUCUUAACUAUAAGGACGAUGAAAGUUAUCAAGCUGAAAAGGAAAUAAAAGUUCUCCUUAAAGCCUUGGAUCCUAGUCACAGAGACAUUUCUCUGGCAUUUUUUGAAACGGCAAGCAUGAUGAGGCAAAUUUCCCACAAACACAUUGUCCUUCUUCAUGGAGUUUGUGUCCGUGAUGUAGAAAACAUUAUGGUGGAAGAGUUUGUUGAAUUUGGGCCUCUGGAUCUCUUUAUGCACCGCAACAGUGAUCUGCUAACAACACCUUGGAAAUUCAAAGUAGCCAAACAGUUGGCAAGUGCUUUGAGCUAUCUGGAGGACAAGGAUUUGGUACAUGGAAAUGUGUGUACAAAAAAUAUAUUGUUGGCAAGGGAGGGAACUGACAAUGAAUACGGACCUUUCAUAAAAUUGAGUGAUCCAGGAAUUCCAAUUACAGUACUAUCUAGGCAAGAAUGUGUUGAACGUAUCCCAUGGAUUGCACCCGAAUGUGUUGAAGACUCCAAGAACUUAGGCAUAGCAGCAGAUAAGUGGAGCUUUGGCACAACGCUGUGGGAAAUCUGCUACAAUGGAGAGGUUCCACUCAAAGACAAGACAUUGGCAGAGAAGGAGAGGUUUUAUGAGGGACAUGCCAUGCUCCCAACUCCAUCUUGCAAGGAGCUAGCUGAUCUGAUGAAGCAGUGCAUGCACUAUGACCCCAACCGGAGACCAUUCUUUAGAGCAAUUAUGCGUGACAUCAACAAAUUAGAAGAACAAAAUCCUGAUAUUGUCUCGGAGAAAAAGCCUGCUGCAGAGUUUGAUGCCAGCAAUUUUGAAAAACGUUUCUUGAAGCGGAUUCGUGACUUAGGAGAGGGUCACUUUGGCAAAGUUGAACUCUGCAGGUAUGAUCCUGAAGGUGACAAUACUGGAGAGCAAGUCGCAGUAAAGUCACUGAAACCAGAGUGUGGUGGGAACCAUAUUGCUGACCUCAAGAAAGAAAUUGACAUUUUGAAGAAUCUUUAUCAUGAAAAUAUUGUGAAAUACAAAGGAAUCUGCACUGAAGAUGGUGGAAAUGGCAUUAAACUUAUUAUGGAGUUUCUUCCUUCUGGGAGCUUGAAGGACUAUCUCCCCCGAAACAAGAACAAGAUCAGUUUGAAGCAACAACUGAAAUAUGCUGUCCAAAUCUGUAGGGGAAUGGACUAUUUGGGACUUCAACAAUAUGUUCAUCGUGACUUAGCAGCCAGAAAUGUCUUAGUUGAAAAUGAGCAGAAAGUAAAAAUUGGAGAUUUUGGGCUCACUAAAGCAAUAGGGACUGAUAAGGAAUACUACAAAGUCAAUGAUGAUCGAGACAGUCCUGUUUUUUGGUAUGCCCCUGAAUGCUUACUUCAGUGCAAGUUCUACAUUGCUUCAGAUGUCUGGUCUUUUGGAGUGACCCUCUAUGAAAUACUGACCUAUUGUGAUGCUGACUGCAGUCCAAUGACAGAAUUCUUGAAGAUGAUUGGCCCAACUCAAGGCCAGAUGACAGUCACACGGCUUGUCCGCAUAUUAACAGAAGGCAAACGUUUGCCAUGUCCAAAAAAUUGCCCAGACGAGGUUGAUCAACUUAUGAGGAAGUGUUGGGAAUGCGACCCAGGUGAACGGACAACCUUUCAAAACCUGAUUCAAGGAUUUGAAGCACUUACAAAUAAGAUGUAAUUCAACAUUUUUGUACUGCUGCCACCUAAGUGAAAGUAUAUAUGGCAUUUUAUUAUUUGUUCUAAUUUGUAUUUUAAUUAUGCUAUGUUGAGAUGGUUUCUUUGUCCAAGAAGUUUUUCCUCUGAACACAUUCAAAACUUUUGCUAAGCACUUUGCUGCUGCAAAUAUAUAUGCUGCUCUUACAAUUAUAAUAGUUCUGCCAGUAAAGAUCUGAGAGGCAUGAAGAAACUUCCAGCACUGGUGAUGGUAUCUUUUGAGCAGCGUAUUUUUUUUGAUGCACUUGUCUUAAACCAAGGGCUUUUAAAGAUUUGCUUGUACACAACUUGAGUCAUAUUGGACAAAUAAAUUCAAAGAAGCCA